AUGAGCGCCGCCGAAGCCUCGACUUCUCAACAGACCGAGACCGGGGGCGAAAAGCAAUACGAUGUUUGCCUUCAAUAUAUCGUUGAUGGCACGUAUCUGUUCGGAGUUAUAAAAAAGGACGCUUGCGUAUACGCAAAGUCAUGUGUUGUCUUCGGACCGGCUUUUAAAAAGUCAGGCGAGACUUCCGAGAUAGAUUACCCCCUGCGGAUGGUUGAGAACUGCGAAAAUCGACCGCCCUCCAAGGCAUGCAUCAAGAUCUGCAACAUCGGCACAGAUGAGCUGCACAAGUUUGUUCCUGCGAUUGUCACAUUCAACUCGGAGGUUGAACCAUUCCGCACGCACGAAGACCAAAGCCCUGGAAAUUUCAUGCGACACGCAUGGCGGCAAGCUCGGUUGAACGGGGCUCUCAACAAAGCCCAGUACGACGCUGGGUGCGAGGUUUUUCGUCUGUGCAAUCUGAAGGUUGAUGAUCAGAGCUGGCCCGACGAGGAGAUUGGGCGGGUCCGCGAGCUCGUUAUGCGCAAGGGGGGAGUGUGGUACGAGAUUGAUCAAAACGGCCGGUCGGAGCCAAGGAUGUUCUUGAACGGACACCAACUCGAGCUAGAUCGGUAUACCGGGAAGCUACAUGAUGUAACCAGACGAACCAGAAGAAUCAGACACGCCGGACGUCGAGGAUAA